UGGGGGUCAGCCCAGAGGUAUUUGUGUGGACACAGAUUCCCAGAUAUCCAGGAAUUAACUAAACAACCCGACAGGCAGAGCUGGAUUUAGGAGAAAUGAGGACGCAGGUUUGUGCUGUAGCUGUGGUGCUGGCCCUCACCUUCGCUGUAGGGAAAACAGAAGAGGCUCCAGAAGGAGAAGACGACGAUGUUGAAGCGAAGGGGUGUCCUCAGGCAGAGGCUAUUGAAGGAGGCAGGGUGUCUUAUUCCCAGGGGGGCUCUGUCGGCAGUGAGCUGACCUACCACUGCGAUGAGGGCUGGUACCCCUACCCGGUCAGGCAGAGGGUCUGCGACGCCGAGGGGGCGUGGUCGACCAUGAGGCUCCCGAGUGGGCGGAGCACAACCAGGGCGAUCUGCAAAGAGGUGCAGUGCCCAGCUCAGCUGCAGCUGGACAACGGCGUGUUCAGCCCCAGGAAGCUGUGGUUCCGCCCGGGGGAGAGCCAGCAGUUUUGGUGCCAGGAAGGGUUCAAGCUGUACGGCUCGGAGGUCCGAAACUGCACCAGCGGAGGCGACUGGACUGGAUCCACCCCUGUGUGUGACGACCGAGUGGAAGACUGCGUGAAUCCCGGAGCUCCUCCUGGCUCUCUGAGGUCCGGAAGCCGGUUCCGGGUAGGAGAGACGGUCCAAUACCGCUGCCACCAAGGCCUGGAGCUUCUGGGCUCCUCGGACAGAGUCUGUCUGAGCGCCAGAGUGUGGAGUGGGUCAGAACCGCGCUGUCUGGCUCUGUUCUCCUUUGACUCUCCUGCUGUCGUGGCAACGGCUCUGGGCGCCUCAUUGUCCGCUGUGAUGGACCUCUCCUAUAUCCAAGACAAGAAAGGCACAGGUUCUUUUGGGAGAACGAUCCGCAUUGAGGAUGAUGGCAAGCUAAACGUGUACAUUCUCCUGGACACAUCAGGCAGUAUCAACCCGAAAUAUUUUGAUGAGGCUAAGGAUGCCGUCUUGACCUUGAUCAGAAAGUUGGACAGCUAUGAAGUGGAGCAGAAGUAUGAAGUCAUCUCCUAUGCCAGCCAAGCCAAAGAGAUUGUGUCUAUACUUGACCCGGAGAGCAACAAUGUGGAAUACGUCAUAGACAAGCUGUACGAGUUUAAAUACACAGCCCAUGGGGAUAAGACCGGCACCAACCUGCACGCAGCUUUGAACAUGGUUUACAGGAACAUGGGCUUCCUGAAAGAGAACAAGGGAAGCAAGUUCAACCAGACUCGCCACGUCAUUCUCAUUGUGUCAGACGGUCACUCCAACACGGGUGGGAGCCCGAAGUCCGUGCUGAAUAAGAUCCGCUCUCUGCUCGGGAUCCACAUGCCUAGUCUUGAUAACACAAACGAGGACUAUCUGGACAUCUAUGUGUUUGGAGUGGGAGACAAGGUGAACAAGAGGGAACUGAACUCCAUCGCUUCCCAGAAGAGAGACGAGGAGCAUCUCUUCAUCCUCAAAGGGCCCGAGGAGCUGGGGAAGGUUUUUGACCAGAUGAUCAGUGACUCUGCGGUCACCAUGUGCGGGGUAGCUCAGGAGAGCGAAGCCCAGCUGGAGGAGCUCAAAGUGGGAUACGUCAACCCUUGGCACGUGGAAGUGAAGACAGUGAGCAUUGAGAAAAAAGAGAACUGCAGGGGCACCAUUCUGACACAGAGCUGGAUCCUCACGGCAGCUCACUGCUUCACACAGGAUAUGGUGGAGGAGCCUAAAAAAGUAUCCAUCCUCUUUAAUGCCAGCACGUCCGAUGUGGCCACAGCUAUCGUAUUGCACCCCCAGUAUGACAUACAGGGACUGCUCCACAAGAAGGUUAAGGAGUUCUAUGACUACGAUGUUGCGCUGGUGAAAGUGAAAAACAAGAUUGGGUUUUCUGAGAGAUCCAGACCUGUCUGCCUGCCAUGCACAGUACCCUCAGCUAGAGCACUGAAAAUUAAGGCCAACUCCACUUGUGAUGAACACUUAAAGGCCCUCUUUCGCACCGAGGAGAUUCCAGCGAAUUUUCUCACCAAAGCUGAGCAGCUGACGGAGAAGAAGCAGGUGGAGAGGAAGCAGACGCACAUUCAGUACGGGAGCCGGAGACCAGCUUGCAUCGAAAAGGCCAAAGUCGCCCUUGAGCCCGAUAGUACAGCUGACGUGUCCGAGUUUGUGACCGACAGGUUCCUGUGCACAGGGGGGUCCUCCUCGUACAAGGACUCCAUCGCCUGUAAAGGCGAUUCGGGGGGAGCUUUGUUUGUCCAGCAGAAACGACGGUACUUUCAGGUAUGUGAAAAUUGAGUCGUCGGAGAUUGAUAUUUUAUUCAACCUUUUUAUUUGUU